AAGAAAAGCUCGGCCACUCAACGCAGCAAGGAGCGUACAGAACGUGAGGAUAAGAGUCAAAAGACGAUAGCUGAGGAUCCGACGAACGUGGAACGUAAGGUUCAGAGGAAACAGAUUGUGAAAUUUGUGAAGAACACAUUGGAGAAAGGUCCUCAAGGUCUUCGUACCGAAUUCGCCGGCAUGAAACGUUUCAACGACUUUGAGAAGAUGAAGGCGUUCAAAGGCGCACAGGAGAUGGGAAAGAAUCGUUAUAAGGAUGUGGGAUGCCUGGAUAAUAAUCGUGUGAAAUUGAACAAUCCACCAUGGUCCCAUGAUUAUAUUCAUGCAAAUUAUGUUGGGACACCAACCAAUCCGAAACGUUUCAUUUGUACACAGGCACCGAUGGAUAAGACUUGUGCCGAUUUUUGGUACAUGUGUCUUCAGGUAUACUUGGAAACCAUUUUCAUGCUGUGCAACUUGACGGAGAAGGGCGCCAAAAAGUGUUGCGAGUACUUUCCGUGCAAAGACAAGGACACAUUGAAUUUUGAGGAAAGCGGACAGAAGAUUACGGUCAAAUUCGAGUCGAACAAGACGGUACAAACUUUGGGGAUUUUUUUUGAAAAAAAGAGUGAUGCAAAAGUGACUGAAACGAUUGUUUGUGUCGAGGGACCUGGUGGAUUGACCCAAAAAACGACUCAUUAUCACUGGAUCGAUUGGCCGGACCGCGGUGUUCCAACCGCCGAUAUGGUCAUUUUGGAUCUGCUGGGCAAGGCUAGAGCAUCAAAAGCCCCAAUCGUCGUCCAUUGCUCAGCCGGAAUCGGGCGUACCGGCUCGGUGGUAAUGAUCGAGUACAUUAUGGAUCAACUGAUUUCGGGACAACAAAUUGAGGAAUCCGACAAGAUUUUGCAGAAAAUUCGUGAACAGAGAAACAACUCUAUUCAGACGGACCAGCAAUAUCUCUUCGUCCAUCAAGUGAUUAUGAACUAUUUCAUGGAGAAGAAACUUUUCGAUUCGGAUGUCAAAAUGGCACAUUUGGCAUUCACCGAGAAGUAUUUGAAAAGUGUA